UUCUGGAAGCAGCGAUUCUUCGGGACUGCGAUGACCUCCAGUAAAGACAUGAAGGCAGGUUCUAUGUUACAGUCCAGCGGCGAGGAGAGGAGACGGGCUCCCCUGGACCAGCUGCCGCCGCCGGCCAACUCCAACAAGCCUUUAACGCCGUUCAGUAUUGAGGAUAUCCUUAACAAACCUUCGGUAAAGAAGUCGGUCGCCAGUAUCUGUCCGCCCAGAGUGCUGGAGAAAGUCACGGGCUCCAACUCUGCGCGGAACGGGAUCACCACUCCCUCGUCGCCGCUGUGUGCGCUGGAGGAGCUCGCCAGCAAAACGUUCAAGGGGCUGGAAGUCAGCGUUAUCCAGGCAGCAGAAGGUCGCGAGCAUGUCAACGCGUUCGGACAGAGGCAGACGUCGAAAAAGAGGAGAAAGUCGCGGACAGCCUUCACGAACCACCAGAUUUACGAGCUGGAGAAGAGGUUUUUGUACCAGAAGUACCUCUCUCCGGCCGACCGCGACCAGAUCGCGCAGCAGCUGGGGCUCUCCAACGCGCAGGUCAUCACCUGGUUUCAGAACCGCAGGGCCAAACUCAAGCGGGACCUGGAGGAGAUGAAAGCGGACGUGGAGUCGCUAAAGAAAAUCAACCCGCAGACGCUGCAGAAGCUCGUCAGCAUGGAGAGCAUUGAGGAGGGUGGGGGCCCCGAGGCCAGGUCGCCCAGUGUCUCCCCGACCUCCCAAGGACACCGGGCCUUCCCACAGUCCCCCUCCUCAUCCAGAGACCAAACUACGGAUGAAUUCUCGGAGGACGAAGAGGAAAUCGAGGUGGACGAUUGACAGUCAGGGGGCCUGUGUUUUUCAGAAGCAACAACUAAAAAGAAUAUUAAAAAAGGGGACAUUUUUUUCUUCCCAAACU